AUGGUACCGUGCCCCAAGGCAAUUGAUACAUAUAACUCUUAUAUGGGGGGAGUAUACGAUAACAAAUUAGUGAACAUGGUGUCCACUUAUGUUGGAAGUCAGCCAAUUGGGGAAAAAAAAAGAUUUUUUAGAAGUAAAAAAAAAUACAAAAUGGUACCGUGCCCCAAGGCAAUCGAUACAUAUAACUCUUAUAUGGGGGGAGUCGAUUUGCUCGAUUCAAUGCUAGGCUACUACAGAAUAAGUAUCAAGUCCAAAAAAUAUUAUAUCAAAAUAUUUUUCCAUGUUUUGGAUUUGUGUGUGGUGAAUGCAUGGCUGCUAUAUCGUCGAGUUCAUACCGAUAACUCUUAUUUACCACUAGUAGACUUCAAACUCUUAGUAUCGGAAGUUUUAUGUGAAAAACAAAAAGUAUCACCGAAAAGGAGAGGGAGACCAACUUUAGAAGAAAACACAACUGAGUAUAUGUAUAAUGAAAAAAAACGGAGGAGAGGUCCUUGCAAGGAAAUUCCUGAACAAGAAGUAAGACUGGAUGGGUAUGAUCAUUAUCCUAUUCAUACCAACAAUCGUAUAAGAUGUAAAUAUCCUGAUUGCAAUUUUAAGACUAUGAUAACCUGUCAAAAAUGUACAAUACCUUUAUGUAUAAACAAGGAGAGGAACUGUUUCCUUCUUUUCCAUACAGUUUAAAAUAUGCCAUAUGUAUUACAAACAUUGUUUAAA